AUCCACGCAACAAACGCCUCGCUAUACCCCAACCAACCGCGCCCAGAGAGUGUUUAUCAGAAAAAUAUCUGACUGGUGUAUGAACGAUUAAAAAUAAAGAGGGUUUAGAUCCGGCUAAAAAUAGAUCCGGUACGCGGUGCUAAAGCCCAGGCUGCUAGAUUGAGCUUCAGUCCAGUUGAAACAUCCCGAGACGCCGUUCUAACCUAGUCCACGUCGCCUUUUGCCCGAAAUUUUCGAAAAAAUGGUUUACGAAUCCGACUUUUAUACGACAAGACGGCCCUACAGGCAGUCGCCCUCGAUUUCGUCUUACACUAUUUCGGGUGUGCCUACUCGUCAAGUGAGGGUUCUACCGGGUUUAGGGAAGGUGCACGUAACGUACUCGUACGACCGCGUGGUGCCUUAUGUGGGCCACAAGAGGCUGACGGUGGUGACGGCGCCACCGAAAGUGUUUUCGACGCGUCCGUCGGUCCUGCAACGCGAGUUCGAAAGGAUCGAGAACAAAAUGAGACCUUGGAACGCGUACUCUGCGACGAACCGCUACCUCAACUCCGAUUCCGCUGUGAGAUAUUACUAUCUUAGCUAUCCGUCUUAUGGAUAUAACUAUAGCUACUCUCUCAACUUACCCAGCGACCCCUACUUACCGAAGGUAUACAGAUGGUACUACUCCUGGCCCAGGGAGUACUAUUCCUACUGGCCCUACUUCAGAUCCUACCUGACUAGCUACCUCAAGAACUACUAUUUGACUGGCACCUGGCCUAGCUCCUAUUACUGGUCUUCCUACAAGCCGUAUUAUAAGAGUUUGGACUACUAUUUUAGCGAAAUCGAAAAUAAAAUCGAUAAUUUGUCAAAAACGAUAUACCUGGACUAUCCCAGGCCAAUAAAGGCAGUCGACUACUCUUACUACCCGUAUUCUUACAGAACUUACCGCCCUCUAACUUUGUACUAUGACUAUUACUGGCCUCUGAGUAGUCUUAACCGGUACUACUGGCCCCACUAUCCUUACUACAGGUACUUGUACUACAAGUACACACUGCCAUCUGACAGAUAUUAUCACCUGAAAGGGAAGAUGCUCUUUCUCAGAGACCCAAUUAGCGGACUUACGGAGUACAGAGUAUACCCAACGCCGUCAUAUCUGCGACACAAAGUUUAUAAACCUUUGAGUUUAUAUUGCGAUUAUUACUUCCCAAUCAGGUCGUUAUUCUGGAAUUCCUCGUACUGGCCUUUAUAUAGAUCUGUGGGUUCGUUUGCAGAUGAAUGUCCCAACGGAACAGGAGGAAGAUUACAAAAA